CAGGAGAAGAAAAAAGAAAUACAAGCAUAUAUUCAAAAAAGAGCAGAACAAAUUGUAAAUGAGCAAAAGAAAAUGCUAACCAGCUUUCUAAAAUGGCCAUUUCACAAAGUAGUCCUGGAUAGAGUACUAGCACAAAAUCAAGACCAAGAAAUAUUAUUAAAUGAUCCUGUAGAAAUUUUGAAAGAAGUGCAAGCCCACCUCCAAAAGCAAUUCAUAAGCAAAAAAAAUAGCCAUAUGGAGGCUGAGAAACUUUGGUCUGAUGAGUACCAACCCAAAGGAAGAAUCCAAGAGUCCUGGUUUGAUCUG